GACACAGCGAGGGAACCACGCACGGGACGGACACCUCUUCUUCAACCUGCGACUGGGAUUCGAACGAGUAACCGAUAAAACAUCUCGUGCAGCGUGUUCUCUGUGUAUAUCUGGACUGUUUCUGACGGAGGAUUCAAGCCAUGGAUUUUACACCAGCUCUGUGGGUGAUUUUACUGGUGAUGUUCAUCGACGGACGGAGCAGUGCUAUCAAAUGGCUAUCUAUUGCCGAUGCUGGGAAGAACUUAUCGUGGAACAAGACGAGCUCGUGCCGCAAGGUGAGCGGGUUCGUACCGGAGCAAACGCAGUUGUGCCGGCGGACGCUGGAGGUCAUGCCGGCGGUGGAGUACGCUGCAGAGGCCGCCAGGAAAACCUGCCAGGAACAGUUCGGGAACAGGAGGUGGAACUGUUCGUCCAUCAAGAAGGCACCACACUUCAUGAACGAUCUGCACGAAAGAAGCGGCGUACGUCCACGCACUGUCGUCAGCAGCCGUGGUCCACACCGUGGCACGAGCAUGCGCAGCAGGGUACCUGAAGGCCUGCACAUGCGCGAGGAACCCCGGAGAAAAGCCCGACGGGAACUACACGUGGGGCGGCUGCGGAGACAACGUCAAGUUCGGGCUGGAGUUCGGCAGUCGGUUCGCGGACGCGCCCAUGAGGAAGAAGAAGCGGUCUCACACACAGACACUCAUGAACCUACACAACAGCGAGGCGGGAAGACUGGCCGUGCAAAACACGAUGACGACGAAGUGUAAGUGUCAUGGCGUCUCGGGGUCAUGUAACGUCAAGACCUGCUGGAAGUCGUUAGCUGACCUGACGGAGAUCUCUCACGAACUCGCCGAGAAAUAUUCAUACGCCAUCAAGGUGGUGAAAAGGAAGAUCGGAACACGGCAACAGUUAGUACCAGAGGACAGACGGUCCCGCAGACACGGCAGCGGUGAUCUCAUCUUCGUGGAGAACUCUCCCAACUACUGCAUGGUCAACAACAGGAAGGGGUCGUACGGAACUACAGGAAGGUUGUGCAACAAGACGUCCGUUGGACCCGACAGCUGUCAAACAAUGUGCUGUGGGCGGGGCUACAACGACUUCACGGUCACGGUCACGGAGAGGUGCAACUGCAAGUACCACUGGUGCUGUUACGUCACCUGCGAUCAGUGCACCAGAACGGAGAAGAAAUACAUGUGCAAAUAAUUUACAUUCUAUAAAAAAAACGGGUCAGGCUUUUCGCGUUUGCCUGCGAUCAAUGUUGGAACUGUUACCUAUUUGUGGCCAUUUGAUAAUCAUUAUGUUUCCAAUAGACUAUAGCUAAUUCAGGUAUUAUUACUAGAAUCAAGGGAAAGCCAGAGAAAAAAGUAUCCGCUUAGCAUAGUAUUCCACGUAUUACUACUUUCAAUGCAGGGCCUUUACGAAAUUCAGUUUAAGUGGAACAGAAACGCUACAUAGUAAUGCUCUAUUAAACAGCGCUGGCUCCAAGAAAUCCAUUUUGUAUUUCUUUACCUGAAUGAUAUCAUUUCUAACUAUGGUUCAUUCUCUGCUUAGCAAGAUGAGCUAACGCCUUUGUUACUAUUGAUUAGUUACUGUCUAACAAACUAACCGAGCGGUUAAGCGACUACAUUGUAUCAUUAUUGAAUGAAAUAUUUAUUGUCCGUUUAUCUUAUCAACUUUAUUUCGAGGACUUCAUUCGUAUGCAACAUUAUGUUUGUUGAUAAGUAACAUGUGUGCCUUGAAGAAAGUUACGAUUCAACAAAGCAGGAGAAGAAGAACUAUUGUAAAUAUGCAUAAUACGUUUCAUUAUCGUUUCGUGAGAAGCGUCGACUGUACAGUGUGUACCAAAGUUAGUGUUUGUAUCGAUACUGCACGCCACCUGGCGACAUUUAUACGUACUUCAUGUCCUACGUUUUUACAGUCGCUUGUCCAUAGAGGCGGGAAAUUUAGCCUAUUAUCGAUCUUCAUCAACUGUAACGAUGACGACAUACCAUUAUGAAAAUUCUGUAAUUUCCUAUUUUUCUAAACAGAUAUUAUUAUAGCGUAGGACAUUGGAGGGGGGGGGGUAUGCACAGUAUCCCAAUAUAAAUUGCACAAAACUAUAAUCUUUGUCUAUUAGUACUUAAAUUUGUGAAACAAUGUUCUAUGUAUCACUCAUGAAUGAGCAAUUGAAAUAUCAUGUUUGCGUUGAAAACUUUGUUAUUUGUAAAUACUUAAUAUUCAAAUACAUUAUCUACAAACCUGUA